GGAAGCGCAGAGAAGAGACACGACCGUCCUUGUUGAAGGGCAAACCGGCGAAAUCGCUGCGUCUCGAAAGAUGACGUAUAACUGGGCGUGGUUGCUGCUGCUGCUGUUCUCCCUGGUCUCGAUAGGCAUGUGCCUGCCUACGAACCUGAUGGAGGACGCGAAGAAGGCGGACCAGGCCAUGAAGCCGAAAUCAAAACGUACGCAGGAAAUGUUGAUGUUUGGCAAUCAGCAGAAUCGACAAGCUGCCGCCGCCGCCGCCGCCGCAGGUGAAUCCUUCACCUCGAACGCGGAGAAACGAACCCUCGCUGCCUCGGGAUUAGGAGGCUUAAAAGCGGCUCUUGCCGAGGACGAUAAACCAUCCUUGGGCCAGAAACCGCCUAGCAACGCUAUGUACGAGCACGAGGCGUAUUCUCCGUACGAGAAGAAUUACGACUACAGUAAAGUCGUGGUGAACGAGGUCGAGGAGGAUGUACCGCGAGUGUGGGACACGGUGCCGUAUUCGCGGUAUUACGCGGGCGAGGAUCGGCGCAAGAGAUCGGAAAAGUCGAGCGGUAGCACGCGGCCGAGCUCGACGUUGCAGCCUCCGACGAGUUCGUUCCAAACGAAACGGCUGCCGAGCCUUGCGAUGCCUACCCAGCAACCGGUGCAGGCUCAAGUUAAGAGGAGCGUGCCGUUCUACCAGGAGCCGCGAUACAAGCGAGAGCUGUCUCUGGACAUCAAUCCCAACGACAUGUUGACCCUCUUGUCCCUGUGGGAAAACGAGCAGCGAAACGGAAAUUGGCGCAAGUACCCUGGCGAGGAGUACGAGAUUGACGACAGCGAUUUUCUCGAUGAGGAAGACGUUAGAAACGCUCUCCCGUGGCUGACGCCGGUGUAUCCCGCCCGGCACUACGACACGUUGUCGCCCUCCGACAUCGGAAUAGUCCGGACCCACCCGCCCAGCUACUACGAACAGUACGGAAAGCAGUUGGAUCAGCAGUACGAAGGCGCCGCGCAAUACGGCAAUCAUGUUAAUCCGCAGUACGAUUUCCUCUAUCCUCAACGCGCCGCGUACUAUCCGCAGAAGAGGUUUAUAGUGUCCAAGAAGCGAACGCAGAGCUACGAUCCGUACUCGGCUGCUCAGCUGCAGUUAAGCUCCCAGCCGCGAAGCUACCAGUAUCCCCACCGAAUGGUCUACUAAGUAAUCCGCGACGUCUUGGGGGCUGUCUAGAGGCGCGCGAGGAGAAGUCUCUCCUUGGACAAGUUUCUACCGAAAGGGAUAUCGCAUAGGCAGCCGACAUUUUUCGGAAUCGGCCCUCGUUGUCCUGCUCCUCCUCAGCUAUCCUCCCUUUCUAUCGCAGGAGGCGGAAUAAUGCGGCGGCGAUGCGGAUUCAUCCGAGUUCUAAACACACACACACACACACACACAGAGAGAAGGUUUUCUCGGGUUCGCAAGAGCUGCGCUGAAGGGACGUGGAAAACUAACCUUCCUUCAUCCGGAUCCAAAUACCUCGGGAAUACAAAUAUAAAAAGUCGCGUUUAGGAUAUUUAUCGCGACGACAAAGAUCAACACUAACGACUCCUUCGCAGCAUGAGAAACAUAUCAGAGUCCACGACUCAAUAUCCGAAACAAUUUCUCGCGCAGCUUGAAACAGCAAGCUCAUCGAUAAGUUUCGCUCAAGCUCUCUUAAUCCGAUCCUGCGAUAACGGUUAAAAUGUAAAGAAGCUUCAGCGCGCUCUUGUUACUUGCUUAAUGGUAGUCUUACAAUUUUAAGCUCCCUUUGCGUGUAAUACGGGCGACGCGCCCGUAAUGACGCUACGACUGAAUCAUUAAACAAUCGUAGUAUCGAAUCAAAUUAUCCUCAGGCUUGAUUUCGACGACUUUGUGACUGAUAUAAAACACACACACACACACACAUAUAUAUAUGUAAUACAAAUAUGUACAUGAGGCGAUAUAGUUUUGUUUAUGAGUUAGCAUGAGACUAGAUGUAGGUUUAUUCGUCUAUACUAGAUAAUUCGAGCGAGUAGGAAUUGAGAAGAAUUGGGAACGAGAGAGAUAAAGCGAUGAAGAGGAUGGGCCGAAAUUUACUGCGCUAUGCGGAUUACAAUUAGAGCGUUACCGUGAAAUCUCUAGAAACUUGUAGCGAUCGUAUCAACCAAAGCAAAAUGUUAAGAGUUACACAUAUAUUUACGUUUAAUCGAGCAAGUGCAAGACCGGACCGUCGUCUUUGUCGUAUUUUAAUCAUCGAUGUCCGUAUUUUUGGAAAACGCUCGAAGGAGGAAGAGUAAUGUGCCGGAGGGGUUUAGCCUCGUAAGAUUUAGCUUCGAACCAAACACGGCCUUCCAUAUUCAACACUCCGAGGAGACUGAACAAUCCCUAUAUAAUUAAUUAACAUAAAUACAUACACGUUACACAAAAACACACACGUAACGUCUUGGCUAACGAUGUCACACGUUAUGCUUUGUUUCAUUUCGAGCGCCAUCAUUUUUUUCUACGACGAUCUCUAUACAGACUUUUCAAGAACGUUGGCACACGCGUGUUCUUUGCAAUUCUAUUAUUGUUGACGAAAGGAAAAAGACGAGCAAUAUUCCUCAUAGUAUUUUCAAUCUUCUUCAUGCUUUUCUUUUUCGCUCAAUUACUAUGGAUUUAAAUUUCAUCAAAUGUUUACGAGUUAGAGCAGGGGACGAAAAGUAAAAUCACUUAAAAACAAGUUAUCUUUCUAUUUGUGUCCGUAUAGCCACGUCGGAAAGACAGAUUUUGUCUCGAGAGAGUGAGUGAAUGUGUGUGUCUAUUCUGCUCUCUAAUUAAAGAUCUUUCUUUAAUGGGACGAAGACAACCGAAUACGCGAUAACGGCGGGGAAUCGUUGAAAAUUUUGUUGAGAACAUUCACCCGUUGUUCGACGCGGUUAAGAAAAAUUU